UACAUCGUGGAUGUGUGAGAGAUGAGCAGAGUUUUGCAUGCAUGUGCAUGUAGUUUUCGCUUUUCUGUUGGGUGGAAUCAUGAUGCAUGAGCUGUAACAUUACUAAUAUGGAGAUUUAACUGGUGCCAUUGAGUAGCUCAAUUCAGUUGGUGGCAGCUGGGAUCAUCCCUGGUCAUGUUGAAGAACAGACUGCACAAGAAAUAUCUAGCAAAUGUGGGAACCUAAAUGUUAGCAGUACCAGGUACUCUUUUGCUGCCUCUAAAUUUAUCAGAAAUUCUCCUGCAGUAACUUUAAGUUCUCAAUUGGAGAGCAAGGCUGAAUUCUGCUUUUGUUGGGUGCUGAAAGUCAAGUGUCUGCUGUUACCCAUGAUCUACCAUGAUUAAUAUCAUGUUGAACUGUCAAGUCAUUGGAAAUUUUAAGGUUAUAAUUGCAGCAUGGUUUACAUAUUUGUAUUCUAUCAUUGCACUGAUGAAGUCAUCCUACCCACGCAGGUUGGGAGUUUUGUGCAUUCGGAGGCCUUUCGUUUACUGUGGCCAUGAAAAGUCUCACUUGUUGGUCGUAUGAAUUGCUUUGCUUCCAUCUAUAAUUUCCUCACUGCAAAUUGUUAAUCUGCUUUGAUUUGCCCACUUUCAUAUUUUUAACCUUAGGAGUCCUGGUGAUUGAUCUCCCAGAUUCUUAUCUAUCAUUACACAGAUUUCGUGGGUGGCUUUUAUCAUCUUCAAAACUAGGAACUGAUGCAUGCAGUCAUGUGUUUUACUAGCUACAGUUUGGUAGUACUCAAAAAGGCUCUUCUUCCUAUGUGCUUUAGUUGCGUGCUUGAUAUAUCCAUUUGUUGUAGACAAAGAAGAUGCUGGAAUCAUUAGAGUAGGAAGAUUUUUAAAUAGAAUAAGGGAAUAGUGCUUUAUGUGAUUGCCAAUACCGAAUUAAUGCAUUCACUCAUGAUCUACUGGUGGCAAUUUUUAGGUGCAAUAUGCUGGAAUCAUUGGAGUUGUAAGGUAUGUGAUAAUAAUACUUUUGUGAUUGUGAACCACUGAAAGGGAAUUAUACUUUGAAAGAGAAACAUUUGGCCUGUACUGAUCUUUCACCAAACAGCACCUACUUAGCAGUACUGAGAUAUGAUCUGUUUAUUGUUUAUUGAUGUACUGAUUCACACUUGCAGUUCGUCAAAUUUUCACUUGAUCUUGACAGUACUGAUUCAGUGUAAUUCUUGUUGCUUUAAAGAAGAAUUCACUGAGCCAUUUGGCAUAUUAUCUUUCAACUUAAUCCUUGAAGAGCUGGUGGAAAAUCCUGUAAGAAUACAAUGGAACCUUUUGACAGAUAAAUCAAGAUUGGGAUAUAGAAUUUUCUGUAACAAUGUGCAGAGCACAAACAAACAUCAAAGACCACCUAAAGAUUGCUUAGUAUUUCUCCUUUCACUCAAAUGAAUUAGCUCUUAUAAAAUUUUAGAUUUCUGCUUGGACAUACCUUGUAUUUUCUUUCUCCAGGGUUAAUGUUUUUGGGACUUUUGGGGUUCUUGAACUAGUUAGCCACUUGGGUGAAUUAUAACAGUGACUAAAAAGACUCACACCAGUUGAGCCUAGUGAUGCUUUUUAGAAUGGCCCCAAAGAGAUUGAUUUUGCUCAAGAUAAGCUCAUAUUUGCACCUUGUGUUAUUUGGAUAUCAUGCUGUCAAGAGUCAGCACAUGAUCUUCUGCAGUGAAGGGAAGCUAUCAUGACUGUAUGACCAAUGAGCCCCAUUUCCCAGUUGUCUCCUCCAUGGACCACAUAACAUUGUCUUAGCAAGUGUUUCUGGCCUUAAUUUACCUGUACUUGGUUUGAUCUUAUGUAAAGGACAGCAUUUGUUAAUGUAAACAUCCUGUAAAAGCUUUGUAAUUUAACUCAAAUUCCCAACUGGACCCUCACUACAGACACAAGGGAACCUCACUUGCAGCUUCACCAAUAGAAAAGAACUAUCCCCAUGACUCGAGUACCUCUUAUCUUUCCCAUCAGCUUGGUAUGAUCCUAGAAGAGGAGAAUCCACUUCAGCUCCCAUCUCCAAUGGCAGAAGCAAGGAAGCACCAUAAGCCCAGCAAGCAGACCUCUUCCCCAAUGACAGAAGCCAGUGGUGCCAGUAGAACGAUCAACCGGAACUGCAAGAGUAAGAAGCAAGCACAUAAGGAAGCAGGCAAUGGAUCUUCUUGGGGAUCCCUGAGAGACUUGUUCUCAUACAGAUAUCAGCAAGAAGUAGAGAAGAAGAAGAAGAAGAAGAGCUGCAGGAAGAUUGGAUGUUCUGUGUCCCUAUGCAGAAUGAGGGACAGUUCAUGUGUGUUGAGCCCAGAAGCAGUUACAGCUCAAGUCAAUAAGAAAUUGGCUUUAAGCAGUAGCUGCAAUAGUUCCAGUAGAUCUUUGAAAGCCCCUUGUAAUGACACCAGUGGGGCUAUUUCCACUUCCUUUACUUCUAAUUCAUCUGCUUCCAUAACUGCCUCCUCCUCCUCCUCUUCUUUAUCUUCUUCUCUUGGAGGAUCUUUUGGAGCAAUGCAUCUAAGGGGUUUUUCUGGGUGCUACGAGUGUCAUCUUACUGCUGAUCCUCUUAUCGGGCCUUCCAGAGAUGCUUCUACGAGGCUCACCAUCAGUCCUUGUCCUGACUGUGGGGAGAUUUUUAUGAAGCCUGAUGAUUUAGACCUCCACCAGAGAGCAAUGCACGCAGCAUCUGAACUGAGUGCAGAAGACACCAGCAGAAAGAUAAUUGAGAUAAUAUUCCGGUCAAGCUGGCUCGAUAAGCAAGCUUCGAUCUGCAAGAUCGACAGGAUACUCAAGGUCCACAACACCCAGAAGACCAUCUCAAGGUUCGAGGACUACAGAGACUCCAUCAAGAGCAGCUGCAACAGGCUCCAAAACAAGCACCCGAGGUGCGUUGCCGAUGGCAAUGAGCUACUCAGGUUCCACUGCACCACGCUUGCGUGCUCCCUUGGGCUUGACGGUUCCACCAACCUGUGCCGAUCGAUCCCGCGUUGCAGCGUGUGUAGCAUUCUGCGAGAUGGUUUCGGCGUUGAUGAAUUCGGGAAGAUCCAAACCAUGGCCACCAGCGGAGGGGCGCAUGCCGCAGCGCAGGUCUCGUCGGAGGGCGAGAAGAGAGCAAUGCUGGUUUGCAGGGUGAUCGCAGGGAGAGUGAAGAAGAGCCGAGAUGCCACUGAGGAGUAUGAUUCAGUCGCUGGCCCAGCAGCAACCCACUCUAAUCUGGACGAGCUAUUUGUGUUUCAUCCCAACGCCAUUCUUCCUUGCUUUGUUGUGCUCUACAGAGGUUCUUAGAUCAACCAGCAUGUCUUGUUCCACUUCUCUCUACCUCUGUGUUUCCAUUUGCAGAUACCAGUAGCCUUCUCAUACUAUAGUUGUAGUGCUUGCCAUGCAUUAUCAUAUAUGAGCAUGCCUUCCAAGUUUAU